AUGUCAUAUCUGUUUACCUUUUUCGUGAUUGUGCACAUAUACAAGACGCCAACCGAUUAUAUGGGUGAUACUGACAGCAUUUCAACUAACUACACGAUGGACACCAACCAGAAGGACCAAGAGGGUUCAACAGCUGCCAGCAGUCCUUCAAAGAUAGAUCUCACCGGAAUGAAGCCCCAACCACUUCCAAUAGCGCCCAAUAUGAUUGAUGGUUUAAAGCCUGUUAGGAGAACCAAGAUUGGCGAUAUUAAAUCUUUGUUUGAGCCCAAAGGUGACGGUUCGCAGAUUGUCCACUUGCUAGCAGAAAUUAAGGAUACACUAGAAGAACAGAAUGUUGCUAAGACGACGCCCAAUGCUGAAUUAUCCGAUAUUAAAGAAUUGUUGAUAAGCAUGGUUGACAGAUCAAAGUCCAAUAAAGCUCUUCUCAACACCUUGAUACAGGAGGAGAGUACACCAGAUAAUGAAAUGCUUGUGGAAAUCAGGGACAUGAUCUUCAAUAUGAUAGAUAGAUCCAAGACGAACAAAUCGUCAUUAGAUGACCUUAGAGGCCAUUUCGAUGAGCAAAUUUCAGAUAGGUUGAGUCAAGUCUGUAAAACAGUUGAACAGCAGUCAACGGAUAUUCACGAGAAGAUGAAGACUUUAUUGGACAGUAAGGUCAAUAGCUCCUUACUUUCUGAAUUGGAUAGCAAAUUAGGUAAUAUUGUUGACCAUGAAACGGAGGAACUUAAAUCUCUGAAAGCAACAGUUUCCAGUUUGACCAAGAAGUCGGAUAUACAAGGAAUUGAAUUGAAGCUCACAGAUUUUUCUGAGAGAAUGGAAAGACUUCAAGAGAGCAAUGAUUUGAAAGAUUCAAGAUUGGAGGAAAAGUUUGACAAGUUAGUGCAGGAACUAACAACAAACAACACAAAACUAGAAUCUCGACAGGAAUUGAAGGAGAAAGAGUUGGAACAAAAAAUAGUUGGAAAGGACGAAAUUAUCGAUGUAUUGAAACUAGAGAUUCAUGAUCUUCACAGGAAAUUGCAAUAUUCAAACGAAAAACACACAAACGAAUUGGAAGCCAAAAGUAAUGAAAUUCUAAGCUUGCGACAGCUAUUGAAUGAUUCCAAUAUGCAAAAUACUGCGAUCCAAGAGGAGCUUUCCACUUUAAAGGCCAAAGGCUUAGAAUCGUCUCAGCUUCAGGCAAGCAUCGAAGAGAUGAAAAGAGAAAAGUCAGUGCUAACAAGAACUUUGAUCUCUUCAUGUGCCCGUAUCAAAAACCAACAAGAAGUUUUCCAACUAUGGAGUGAUAGAACAGAAGAUAUAAAGUCUAAUCUGCUCACCCUCCAAGAAACCUUAAAAAGUGACCGCUCGUUCAUAAUCCCUCUGAAACGACCGUCAACUGAAGGAGUUGACCAACUUCAGGAAUCGAAAAAUUCUCCCAAAAAGCAUAUCGAAGUACAUCACGAAGAAGUUGGUAACAUUUCCAACGGUUCUAUUAUGAGUCCCAUCUUCAUGGAGAAACUCUCGCCCAAAAAAAGAAUUGUCAGCUCCCCAUCCAAGAUACUAUCCAAUCGAUGCCUCAAUAGUAACAGCGCCACACCUUCCAAAUCCCCCAUAAGAUUGUCUUCAACAAAAAAUUUUACAGAACAGGAGAACUGA